GAUAAGCUUAUCUCUCCCUCUUAGAAUCAUGGCAAUCUCUUCCUGCAAUUUCCUGCAACUUCCUUUCUCCAAAACCCUACCCCCUUCUCCCUCCGCUCCAUCUCGCCGUUCAUCUUCCCUCUCUUUCUCCCCAAUCCGAUCGUCCAAAUCCGAAACCCCCUUUUCAUUGAUCAAAACCAUCGAUUCCUCGAACAUCGAUCCGAUCCAUGCCGUCGAUCCUUCGCUCAAGUACGCGAACAUCCUGUUCUUCCGAUCGGCUUACAAUGUCCAGAUCGUGGUGGACGAGGAUGAGCCGGAGGAGGUGCUUUUGAGGAGGUUCCGAAGGGAGGUUUCGAAGGCGGGGGUGAUUCAGGAGUGUAAGAGGAGGAGGUUCUUCGAGAAUAAGCAGGAAGAGAAGAAGAGGAAGAACAGAGAAGCCAGCCGGAGGAAUCGCCGAAGACGGUGGGUGCCAAGAUUCCCAUCAUCGGCAGAUGCAGAUGCUGCUGCAAAUAAGGCCAGAUCUGCAGAGGAUGCAGAAGACAACUGGGAAAUGCCGGAAGGAAACAUUCCAUUCUGACAUGUUUCUGAGCAUUUCCAUACAUUCGGAGGUGCUCUGCUUUCACAGAUUUUUCUGUAGCGGGUAAGUUUUUGUAAGAACAAUGUAAUUGUUUUCCUUGUGAAAAUUGCCAUUGCUUUUACAUGUGGAAGAUGAUGGGGUUCGAGUUACUAAGAGGCUCCUCCGGUUCCACAUCAGUUCAUCCUGAGUCUCAGUCACGAUUGUAAUCCUUCCCUUGCAUGGUUUAAAUCUCAGUAUCAGAGCUCAUAUCAGACGUCACUCAUGAAAUGAUUCAUCGUAGAACAAUGCAGGAAAAGUCCCAUGUGUACUGCAAAACUUGAUGUAUGCAUGCAUUUGGCAAGAUUUAAACCAUUAGCUUU